GUAGAUUGUGGCCAGCGAGGCCGCUGAUCUCGCUGACUCGCGCUAACUCAUAACGGGAAGGAAGCACAGACUGGCCGGAUCUGUCCACGGGGCUAUGCUUCUGCGGCAGCUGCGAAGCUGGGCCGCCGGAACUCUGCACGGGGCGGGCCCGGGGAGCCCGGCCUGGGGCCGUGGGCUGCGAGGGGCGCAGCGCCGGGCCUGGCCUCAAGAUAAAGAUAAAGAAAAUGAGAAAGAAAAAAAGUCAGUGAUCUGUAUCGAGGGCAAUAUUGCCAGCGGGAAGACGACAUGCCUGGAGUUCUUCUCCAACACAACGGACAUCGAGGUGUGCCCGGAGCCCGUGUCCAAGUGGAGAAGCCUCCGUGGCCAUAAUCCUCUGGGUCUGAUGUACAGCGAUGCCAGUCGAUGGGGCCUCACGCUGCAGACAUAUGUUCAGCUUACCAUGCUGGAACAGCACACCUGUCCCCAGACAUCAGCUGUACGGUUGAUGGAGCGGUCGAUUCACAGCGCAAGAUACAUUUUUGUAGAAAACCUGUAUAGAAGCGGGAAGAUGCCCGAAGUGGACUAUGUGGUUCUGUCGGAAUGGUUUGACUGGAUCGUGAGGAACAUCGACGUGUCCGUGGAUUUGAUAGUUUAUCUCCGGACCAGUCCUGAGACCUGUCACCAGAGGCUGAAGAUGAGGUGCAGGGAAGAGGAGAAGGUCAUUCCAUUGGAAUACCUGGAUGCGAUUCACCAGCUCUAUGAGGAGUGGCUCAUCAAAGGGGGCCCUUUCCCUGUAGUGGCCCCUGUUCUGGUGAUUGAGGCUGACCACGACAUGCAGAAAAUGUUAGAACUCUUUGAACGAAACCGGGACCGAAUAUUAACUCCAGGGAAUUGGAAAUACGGUCCAUAGGAUGGGAAAGACCGCGCCAGAAAAAAUGCUCACUGCUGCCGAGUUCGCUCUUCGGAGUGAUCUGGAAAGUCUCCUGUAGGGAGGGCUUUACGUCUAGCCAGAUUCGCUUUCCUAAUGGUCUUUUCUCCUUUGCCAGUGUUCGUGUCCUGGGUUUCUGGCCCUCGAGGGUAAAUGACAAGUGGGGACCAACGGCUUGUCAUGCCCUGUAAUGUUUGCAGCCCUGCACGCCCCCAGCACCUCUCAAGGUGGUUGCCCAUUGCCGGGUCCCUCUCAUUAUGCCCUUAGGCGGGGCCAGCUGACAUCCUGCUGGACUCAUGGUCUCUAACCCUUCAGACCACACAGGAGGGCGAAGUAGUGGUCUUACAUCCUAGGGUUGCGAGUUGAAGCUCGGAGAGGCUAAGGGACUCCCUGAGCUCUCACAGCCAGGAAGUUGGCAUCAUCCAGACUUUAAGCAAUUCCAAAAGUGUUCUCAUGCCCCUCCCUUCUGGAGGCCCCGUCUUCCCCCUGGGGACCCUCACAUAUCUGCGCGCAGAGAGCCGGCAGGUCCUGGAGCAAAUGUCAUCAUUUUCUCAUGAUUUUAGCAGGGGCCACAGAGUGGUACUACCACUGCUGUGAGCCAGGGCAGGGAGAAAGCAGACACGGAGCCUAGGUCUUGGAGCAGAGGGAGGCACUACCGAGACUCGGGAAGGGCUGUGAGGAGCAUGGCGGGGCUGGCAUCCCCGAAUCGCUGGCCGGGGCGAGUCGGGCCGACAGCAUUCCAGGUCUGUUGGCGGUGUUGGCGGCCUUGCCGGACUCCGAGGCGGGGUUCUGUGAGCACAAGGUUGGUACGCCCCGGAGCUGCCUCGGCUGCGUGGACUGUUGCCAAUUUAAAGAAUAUCCUGAAAAGUGCAUACGUUUUCUUUUCAUCAGCAUCGUUAGUGACAUAGUUUCCAUUUACCUUUAUGCUUUUUAAUUUUACACGUAAAAUACCUGAUCAGAACCAUGUAGAAAUAUGUCAUGUACCAGGUGAUUAAAAAAAUUAGAAGUGUA